GUGUCUGCACACAUUACAAACAUGCCUGCACUGAGCUAAAACCAAACCAAAAAAAAACUUGUAUUGCAUCGGUAUGACAACGUUUUCUUGUAUAUGGAUUCUGCGGGUGAAUCCAUGCACAUUUUUCCCGAGACGUUGCGUGGGAGUGUUUUAGUUCCACGCCACUUAAAAAACAAAAGUUGCUGAUUUGCGCGUUGCACAUUUUUAGGUCUCGUCUGGUGACGUCACGCUCGGGGCAGGCUCAAGAGUGGGCGGGGCCGCGUGAAUUGGGUCCCACGCAAGCAGAGCUCAACCUUCUCCUCCACUGUGGUCACGACUCGCGUGGAAGGAGCUGGCGAGAAGACAGAAUUGCUCCAAAAUUGCACAUCCCCCUGCCUGUUUUUUUUUUUUUUUUUUUAAUAGGACUAUAGUGGAUCUUUGUCUGUCCUUCCCUCCCAUGUCGCCACGCGUGUCGGCUUCGGCGUGGACUUGUCUGCGCCUCGCUACGUCGAACCAACGCUCGGCGCUGCAUGCAACGCGGGCCUGCCUGACUCGUCUGCAUCCCUCCUUCUAAUCUCCUCCAAGGUGUCAUGAAUUUGGAGAGACUCUCCGAGACCGCGGCGGUGGUGCGAGCCCACGCCAAUCCGAACCCGAACCCACCUCCUCCUCCCCGCGUGUCACGCGACGUGAGCCCCGCGUUCCACUUGCAGCCUAGAAGCUCCAACAUCACCACGAGCGCUCGCGGGGGGACUUUAGAGCACUCGAGCAGCGACUCUUCGGACGCAGAGCUGGCAGCGGAAAAGGAGCGUAGCAGCAGCAGCUGCGGCGGCGGCGAUGUGCGCGUCAGCGGCGGCGAUGUGCGCGUCAGCGGCGGCGGUGAUGAGGCGCUGUCGUGCGCCGACGACCCCAAGAAAAAGAAGCAGCGGCGGCAGCGCACGCACUUUACCAGCCAGCAGCUGCAGGAGCUUGAGGCCACCUUCCAGCGGAACCGAUACCCGGACAUGAGCACGCGCGAGGAGAUCGCUGUGUGGACCAACCUCACCGAGGCCAGAGUCAGGGUGUGGUUCAAGAACCGGCGCGCCAAGUGGCGCAAGCGCGAGCGCAACCAGCAGAUGGACCUGUGCAAGAACGCCUACCUGCCGCAGUUCAGCGGCCUGAUGCAGCCCUAUGACGACCCCAUGUACCCGGCGGCGGCGGCUGCGGCGGCCGCAUACACCUACAACAACUGGCCCAACAAGAGCCUGCACGGCCCCAAGAACUUCCCCUUCUUCAACUCCAUGAGCCCGCUCACCUCGCAGCCCGUCACCAUGUUCUCGUCGUCGCCGGCGCCCAUCACGACCAUGAGCGUGCAAGCGGCCGCCGCUGCCGCCGCGGCUGCCCACGCGCACGGCGGCAUGCCCUCCAUGGGCGGCCCCCCGCCAGGCCUCAACAACAUCGGCAACCUCAACACGGCGCCGCCGCCGCCUCCACAUGCCCCACCGGGCCUCAACGCAGCCGGCAUGUCGUCGCCGGGCUGCCCUUACGCGGCGGCCGGCUCGCACUACGGCGUCUACCGGGAAACGUGCAACCCGAGCCUGGCCACGCUCAGACUCAAGUCCAAGCAGCACCACUCCAGCUUUGGCUACGGGGGGCUGCAGAGCCCCGCCUCGGGCCUCAACGCCUGCCAGUACAACAGCUGACCCGACCCCGCUCGCGACGUGACGUAACGCGACGAGACGUGUUGCUCUGUUGUCAAUGGAACACUUGUUACUCUGUACAUACGCCAUGCACAUGUAAAUAUAUACUGGCUUAACAUGGACAAUAUAGUUGUCUUUUUGUUUGUCGUGCCCGCUUAGCAAUUCUAAAAAGAAUUCUCAAUAAUGGCGUGGGGGCGCGUGGGCGUUUUUUUUGUUUUUGUUUUAGUCCAAAGUGAGGACUGGAAAAAGAAAAGUUUUUCGUGCGGCGUGCACAAGCCGCUAAAUUUUAUAUAAGGGGGGGGGGGGGCGCUUGAAUAUGGUGCGACGAAAAUAGAAUACACAAGGCAGAGCUAAAUUUAAUUUCUAAUUGUGCACAUGAAAUUUGCAUGAAGUAACGUGAGCUUGUCCUUUUUAAAAUGUAAAACGCGCCAUUUCCGAGGUGCUCAUCAAGUAAUCUAAUCCACGGGCCAUUGAUAUCCUAUCAGCACUCGACUGAUAUUGAUUGUGUGUUUUAGAUGAUAACAAGGUGCAAGUGAGGAUUAGGCAUGUAACAAGAGUAAGAAUAGGAAUACAAAAGGAUCAUUGGAGGGUUUAUGAGUGAAAUUAUAGGUCAAUAUUUGAUGCGCUAUUUCCGUCUACACCUGCAAAAUGUGACGUCAGGAGUGGUUUUGUCUCAUGAAAUUCAUUUUGUAAACAUCAUGCAGCUAUAAAAUGCAAAAGAAA